GAACUUACGGACCAUCAAAUAUUACACAGUAUCGAUCAGUAAUACAGCCGACAAAACGAUAAUACUACCUACUUGCGGUCACAAUGCUGCGCCGUCCUCCCACCGUCCUCUCCCUCACCCCCGAGGACAUCGCCGACUACGAAGACCGUGCUAUCGAGCGCGCCCGUGCCGCCGAGCAUGAGGCGAGGCAACAAGCUGCCCAGGGCGCGGCCCGCGUCCGUCGUGAGGAGUUCUCCGCCGCCGCCGCCGCGCGCAGGGCCGCGAUGGCCACGACAACCCCCAUCACAGCAGCUGGUGGUGCGGGUGCGGGUGCGGGGGGCAACCAUGUGGGCGGCAGCUUUGCGGGAAGGAGGAGGGUCAUGAGCAGCCCGCCGGAACACCGGUUCAGUGACGAUGACGACGACGCGGGGCAGCACGAGGAGGAAGAAGAAGAAGAGAGCGACGAGGAGGUAGAGACGUCGUACUACGCGCGAGCCCAGGCCCAAGCCGCGCGGGUGACCAGCUUCGGACGCGGGCCUCUCCCCGUGGGCGAACAGCACUACUACCAACCGCAUAACAACUAUGGCGGCGCAGCGGAGGAGCAAGAGGCAGCAGAAGAAGAAGAAGCGGCCGGGCUCGGCUCCGGUGACGACAUGGACAUCGACACAGCGGCCACGAGCGACCCGUUCCACCGGCCCCAACAACAACAACAACAACAACCACAACACCGACUAUCCCCUCCGCGCCACCAGUACACCAACAACACCACCAACCCCACCAGCAACCCGCCCCCGAUCAGCAGCAACACCAGCACGCUGCCCGCCAGCCAAGCCACCACCGCGAUCGCCGAGACACCUCCCAACAACCCCGCACGCGAGGCCCGCUCGCACAGCCAGCACCCGCCGCCGGUGCACCAGCGCCGCACGCGGGAGCGUACAGCCGAGCUGCCGCAGCCGCCGCCACCACCCACCACAUCAACAUCAACAUCAACAUCGGUGCCGGCGCGGGAGACGCGGUUGCGCGGCCAGCACGCACACGGGGGGAGCUCGCGCGCGGUGUCGGCUUCUGCUGCUGCGGGAGGCGGGACACGAACUGCUUCUGCUGCUGCUGCUGCUGCUGCUCCUGCGGUCACGCCCGAGGCGAGGGUGCAGCGGAGCCGGGACGAGCGGAUUGGGGUGGCUGCGCCGCGGCGGGGGCGGGGGCAUCAGGUCUAGUUCUAGUUUUUUGGGCCAUUUCUUCCCUUUUCUUUCAUUAUUGUGUAUGUAUGGCUUGGGGAGGGAUCAAUGUGUGUGAAUGAUCUGGGAGUCUGAUCUUGGAGUUGGGUUUGAGGAAAAGAAAAGAUCAGAUCUGGGCUGAUUCUUUCAAGAUGCAUGCAUUCGCUGGACUGCCAUAUAGGGCUGGCUGGAU